AUGACUUCCCAAUCGGCAUCUUCACAGCAAUCUUCUCCCUCCAGCGUCACUUUCGACUGCAAAUGGAGCCGGUGUUCGCUCGCCUAUGGUUCUCUCGAUGACCUUAUAGUCCAUAUCCACGAAGUACACGUUGGCAAGAAAAAGUCGAAAUAUAUCUGCGAGUGGGCAAACUGUCCAAGAAUCGGACAGAACCAAAAGUCUCGGUUUGCUCUUGUUACUCAUUUGAGAAGCCAUACGGGCGAGAAGCCAUUUGCUUGUGAUUUCGAAGGUUGCGAAAAAACUUUUACACGGCCAGAUUCACUAAGAAAGCACAUACGAUCGCAGCACGGAAACAAUCAAUCUCAAAUGGCCGAAUCACCCAGACAUACUAUAUCAUCCAAGAAACGCAAGCCUCGCUCACCCUCUUCUUCACUGUCUGAAGAAUCUUCACAUUCCUCUCGAGCAUACCGUAACUCGACACACGCUCAAACUCACAUAAAUCGCAGCAAUCCGUCCUCUCGUCUGCCUACACUACCUAAUCACAGCGAUAAUGUAUACAAUCCCCAUCGUACUUAUACUUCCUCAUCGAACACAACAUCACCGAACGAGAGUGAAGACGAAAGCGAUACACAAGGGACAACAUACUAUGAGAAAUAUUUACUAUUGAAGGCGAAGAGCAAGUAUAUUAGACGGGAGAAUGAAAUACUUGUGGACGAGUAUCAAAACGUAAAAGUUAGAUUGAAGAGACUGAAAACGGAAAAGGACAUUUUGUUGGAUGCCGUUAUUGCUGCUUCAGGAGAUGAAUAG